GAUCCGUCAAAAGAUUCGAGAAUGUUUUUCGGAACUGUUGAGACAACAUCCAUGGAACAGAAAGCACCUGCAGGUGGUGAGAGCUCGACAAAAUUGACCCAUCCUUCUACGGUAAAAGGCCAUUUGAAAGUAGCGGAUGAGCAACAAUCAAUUGAGGAAAUAUUUGCAGAAUCAAGGAAUUACGUCGUUCAUCAGGAUAUACCACGGAGGCGUUCCAGCAGAAUGUCAGUUUCAAAACUAUCGGCUAUAAGCGAGGAACGAAGUGGUUGUGCUAGUGGUUCCUUGGUAAAUCCAUCUCACAAUGUAGAAUUGAUGAAGUCAACGCAUCCAUCGGCAGGUGAAGCGGUUGAUGAUCCAUAUCUAUUAGCUGGCACUGCUGCUGUUGUUGCUGAAAAUGACAUUCUCGUGAAUACAGAUAUCCUUACCGAUAAACCAUCCGAAUGUCCACAGUCCUCGCACCUCACACUUCAUGGUACUUCCUUUACGGAAAAAUUUCUAAGUAAGGCGAUGCGCGAUUUCUCAAGCACAGUGCCAGUUCCACCUCCUCGUUCAGUGCAUCAUGAAACAGAUGAAACGACAGUAUUGCAAGAAACUAUUAUGAAUGAAAGUGAACAGGCCCAUCUUCCUCCUGCUUCAAAGAAAACAAAAUUUGAAGUUUACGUGGAAGAAACCGAACCAUCGAAGCAAACUGCACCAUUUAUUGUUUAUAGUGAUGAGAAUAGCAUGCCAUCUUCAGAUGCUUCAGAAAAAAAGCCUGCGACAACUGCUUACUUUCGCCACUCAUCUGUUAUGGCGAAAACUGAAUCUGCGCCACUUGAACAAGAUAAUGAAACAUCGACAGAAGUGGAAAAACGGAACUAUGGGGGAAUAAAACCUCCUCUUCCUGAUCGUAUUGAUGAAGAAACAUUGGCAGGUUUGAAUAAAAUGGCUAAAACAGGAGCAGUAACAUCAACACCAGCAAGUAAUUUUGCACCUCCGAUAGAAGAUCCGAUUGAAGAAUCGUUUCGUCCACUUCCUUCGAACACAACUGAUCCUUUUUUCCAAAAACCGAUGUUUGAUGAAGCUCUCACUGCAAAUACUGCUUUUGGUAGACGAAUGAGCAUAUCCGAACAACGUCGGGAUACUUUGACGAAGUUAUCGCAAAAAAUUGGUGUCGAAAAUAUUAUUGGAUGUAAAAAAGCUGGACUGGGUGUUAAUAAUAAUAUUCAUGAAGAAUUACGUCGACUCUCAAUUGCUCCAAAUGAUGAGGAUUCAAAUGAAAAUACUCAUGAAGGAUUGAGAUCGCAUACUGAGUCUGAAAUAAAUCCUUGGGAUGAAAAAUUACGUGACAAAAUUAUGACCAGUCAACAUUUCUGCCCAACGAAUGUUCACGAAUUCCCGGAAAGAUGUAGUCGCAUUAGUCCUGGGGCUGCUGUGGUUCUAGGAGGUGAACGUUUUGAUAUUGAAUGUUUGAUCGGCGAAGGCGGUUUUGCCAAAGUUUACAAGGGCAAAUCAGAAGAUGGCAACUUUUAUGCAGUGAAGUUUGAAAUGCCACCAUGUAAGUGGGAAGUUUAUGCUUGUGAAGCAUUGCGUAUUCGAAUGCCGAAAGCAAUGUUGGAUGGCAUAAUGAAUAUUCGUGAUGCAUACUUAUUUCCGAAUGCAAGUGCUAUUGUUUAUGAGUAUCACAAGUAUGGGAAUCUUCUUGAUAUGAUAAAUAAUUUACAAGCCAAGAAUAUGUCAUGCUCGGGUCUCCUAACGGUUUAUUUGGCCUGGGAGAUCGGUCGAAUAUUGAGGGCAGUUCAUAAUGUCCAAAUAAUACACGGUGAUGUUAAACCGGAUAACUUCAUGAUCCUUAAUCGAUUAAACGAAGAUGCCACAUUAGAACAAAUUCUUGACAAAAAAUCUUUCACGUUAAAAUUGAUUGAUUGGGGACGUGCCAUCGACAUGAAUUCCUUGAAAGGAUGCACAUUCCGAGGAAAGGCUGGAACAGUUGCUUUCGAUUGUUCUGAGAUGCAAGAUGGUCGACCAUGGACAUACCAAACAGAUUUCUACGGUUUUAUCUCAACGCUCCAUGUUAUAAUAUAUGGGAAGUACAUGAAGACAUACCGGAAUACUGCUGGACGGUACAGCGCAACAUCUGUGAUGAAAAGACGUUGGCCUCAGCGAGAGCUACUAGGAGAUAUAUUCGACAUGUGCUUGAAUAUAAUGGAUUGUGAAUCAAUCCCGAAAUGGUCGACAAUAACUGAUGGUCUUGAAAACAAUAUCAGGCACAUACUGGAUAACGGAGGAUCGAAAGAUAUGGAAGCAGGCAGCUCGAGAACUGAAUGCUGGCAUCACAGUUUGAAGCUAGUGUGA